GUAUCUGUGGGGAUCUCUGGUUACUAUGGCAGUUUAAUCUUCUGUCUCUUGGGGAUUGAAUCAUACAGCCUUGCAUCGUGCAUUGGUUCACCCGCUUGCGAUUGCUGCCUGCUCCGAUUCCUCCUGCUUCCUCCUCCGAUCCGCUUCCGCUUCCUCUGUCUGCUCUGGAUAGUAGACGGACGACACACGAUCAGCCUCAGUUUCUUCGGGCCCAGACGGAUACUUGCCAACCAAGAUGGGUUCCGCAUCGAAUUUUGCAAAGACGAUGAUCAUCCCCGCGGUGAUCUCGCUAACCCUUUACCUCCUUUUCUCCUUCGUGAUCAUCCCCUUCUUUCGGCGGUAUCAUCAGCGAUACUCCCAGUAUCUGCCGCUCCACACGAUCUCCGCCCACACGUUGACCCUUCGGGACCGCAUCGCCGAUGCCAUCAUGCGCCGGUUCUUGCCCUCGUCGUGGCAGCGGCAGCAUCUGGCCGACCAGGAUGACAAUGUCAGUAUCUACGAUGAAGAGGGCGAGAUCAUGGUGGGCAUGGACAUGGAUGUAGAGCGCAGAGGGGCCCUCGAACGGCAACGCAGCGCAGUCGUCGACUCGGGAAGACGACUCAGCCGGGAACUCGAAGCCGGGUUCAUGGAUGACAGUGAGGACGAGGACGAGGACCAUCCGCCGCAUUCACAGUCCCGGCGCUAGUAUUGCGAUCAUCCGCUCCCAUGUCUUAAUACCUAUAGAUCUAUAUUGAAUGCUGUCACAAAAUCACACAUCUCACCGAGGGUGUCCUCACACCGUACCACAGUGCGAUUCUGUGCGUAACGAGGAGAAGAAGAAG